GGAGGAUAUUCUACAUACAUUGCUUUUGAAAUUUAUACAAGUGGUUGUGUGAAGAGCCCUUGUCAGAAUGAAAGGGGGAGAGCUUAUUGCAGGUGCGGCUAGGUCUGCAUCGUAUCAAAUGAUGCUACAGGUCUCAUUGAGGAUUUUAACUUUUGUCCUGAAUGCAUUCAUCAUCCGUCAUCUCUCCAAGGACAUGCUGGGUGUAGCUAAUGUCAGAUUGGCAUUGUUAUACAGCACAAUUUUGUUUUUAUCAAGAGAAGGUUUUCGGCGUGCAUGUCUGAACAAGGGCCCAGGAACAAGCUGGACCCAAGUUGUGAACCUAGUCUGGUGUGUAAUCCCUGUGACCUUUGUGUGGUCUGUAUUAUUUGCCUUUGUGUGGUUGUACCUUCUUGAUCAGCCUGACCACGAAGCAUUUCCUCAAUACACAACCACAGUCAUCUGCCUCUGUGUGAUUAUAAUUAUUGAGCUGUCCACAGAACCACUUGUUGUCAUAAGCCAGUCAUUUUUGUUUGUUCGAUUAAAGGUUAUAUUGGAUGGACUGUACAACCUUGUGAGAUGUGUGUGUAUUAUAUGCAUGGUCCUCGUCUUCCCAGAUCACGGUUUACACAUCUUUGCAUGUGCACAGAUCACCUGUGUGGUUGUAUAUGUGGUCGCAUUUUAUGGAUAUUUCUAUCAUUAUUUAAAGUACGCAAAUAAGAAGACCAGUGCAUUCCCAUUUGCAUCGUUUAGAAGCCUUUUCCCUCAACUAAAAGAAGGACAGCCUGUUUUUGAUUCAUCUCUUGUCAAGCUUGUUUGGAGCUUUUCUAAACAGUCAUUUUUAAAGCAGAUUUUAACAGAAGGUGAAAGAUACGUCAUGACAGUUUUUGAUAUACUUAGUUUUGCUGAUCAAGGUGUCUAUGAUGUUGUGAACAAUCUAGGGUCCAUAACAGCUCGAUUUCUAUUCCUUCCCAUUGAGGACAGUGGCUAUCUGUUCUUCUCUAAAGCAUUGCAAAGAAGCCAAACUGCUCUUCAACAAAAAAAGGAAUCCUUGGAGCUGGCCAGCAGAAUGUUGGCCUUCCUCUUGAGAAUGACUCUGCUUAUUGGUAUCACUGUUCUGGUGUUUGGAUAUUCCUAUUCCUACCUGGCUUUGGAUAUCUAUGGUGGAAAUAUGCUUAGUUCUGGACAAGGGCCCACAUUACUUCGCUGGCAUGCCAUGUAUGUUGCAAUCAUUGCCAUCAAUGGAGUUACAGAGUGCUUUGUGUUUGCAGUGAUGAGCAAACAGGAAGUUGACAGGUAUAACAGCAAGAUGGUUGUGUUCUCUGCCUUGUUUCUCAUCACAUCCUGGUACUUUACCAAAAUAUUUGGUGCAGUUGGAUUCACCCUUGCAAACUCUUUAAAUAUGGCUGCCAGAAUUAUUCACAGCAUAUACUUUAUCAACAAUUAUUACAAAGGUACAAGCUUUCGGCCUCUUCAGAGUCUGGUACCUUCUGUUGGAAUAACAGCUGUUCUGUUGCUAUCCCUGGUUAUGACCUCAGUCUCAGAGGUUAUGUUUUGUUGUGAUAAAGGUUUCUCUGGGAAGUUGUUUCAUAUUGGAGUUGGAGGGAUGUGUCUCCUAGCUGAACUUGCAGUUAUAUACUUCACUGAAAAUGAAAUGAUUGGCUUUAUCAGAGAACAGUUCACGCAGAAACAUGCUGUCACAAAGAAAAAGGACUGAAAUCUCUCAAAUAAAAUAUAUUUUUUUGU